CUCUUUGGAAAGGAACGUGAUCCGUGAUCGGCAUUCGUUCGAUUCGAGACUGCUAGACUAACUUAUAAAUAUUAAUUGAACGUGAUUCUGAUUUGGAAAUCAAAAUAAAAUUAAGUAAAUAUGGCUGCAAUUAGUUUAUUGAAUCCAAAAGCUGAAUUCGCUAGAGCCGCUCAGGCUCUUGCUGUUAAUAUUUCGGCUGCAAGGGGAAUUCAAGAUGUAAUGAAAACUAACCUCGGUCCUAAAGGCACGAUGAAAAUGCUAGUGUCUGGGGCUGGUGACAUAAAAAUCACAAAAGAUGGAAAUGUCCUGCUUCAUGAAAUGCAGAUCCAGCAUCCAACAGCCUCUUUGAUUGCAAGAGCAUCUACAGCCCAAGAUGACUCUACUGGAGAUGGUACAACUUCUACUGUACUCAUCAUUGGAGAGCUCCUCAAACAAGCUGAUAUUUACAUUAGUGAAGGAUUACAUCCAAGAAUAAUAACAGAGGGUUAUGAUGUUGCCAAAACAAAGGCUUUGGAAGUUUUGGACAGCUUGAAAAUACCAAUUGAAAUAAACAGGGAGAGUUUAAUUGAUGUAGCCCGUACUUCACUCAAAACUAAGGUACACCCAAGCCUUGCAAAUGUGCUGACGGAUGCCUGCGUAGAUGCCGUGCUCGCAAUCCGUAAAGCUAAUAAGCCUGUAGAUUUGCACAUGGUGGAACUGAUGGAGAUGCAACACAAGACUUCUACGGAGACCACCUUGAUACGAGGUUUAGUACUAGAUCACGGUGCCCGUCAUCCUGACAUGCCCAAGCGCGUAGAGAAUGCGUACAUCCUUACUUGCAAUGUCUCUCUUGAAUACGAGAAAACCGAAGUGAACUCUGGCUUCUUCUACAAGUCUGCGGAAGAUAGGGAAAAGUUGGUAGCGGCUGAGAGGGACUUCAUUGACCAGAGGGUUAAGAAGAUAAUUGCUCUCAAGAAGAAACUAUGUGAUGGCACUAACAAGUCCUUUGUCGUGAUCAAUCAGAAAGGUAUUGAUCCUCUGUCGCUGGAUGCUUUAGCAAAGGAGGGCAUUGUAGCACUGCGCCGAGCCAAGCGCCGCAAUAUGGAACGCCUGUCACUGGCCUGUGGAGGAUCCGCUAUGAACUCAGUUGAAGAACUCUCCGAAGAAAACCUGGGCUAUGCUGGGCUUGUGUAUGAACACAUACUUGGAGAAGAAAAGUACACAUUUGUAGAGGAAUGCAAGAACCCAGAAUCUGUGACUAUCCUCAUCAAGGGCCCAAACAAACAUACUCUGGCUCAAAUUAAGGAUGCCAUUCGUGAUGGUCUCAGGGCUAUCAAUAACGCUAUUGAAGACAAGUGUGUUGUGCCUGGUGCUGGGGCCUUUGAGAUCAAAGCUAAUUUGGAACUCCUGAAGUUCAAAGAUACGGUAAAAGGCAAGGCUCGUUUGGGCAUUCAAGCCUAUGCUGAAGCAUUGCUUGUGAUACCGAAAACUUUGGCUGUUAAUUCUGGUUAUGAUGCGCAAGAUACAAUUGUUAAGUUGCAGGAAGAGGCCCGAUUGAGCCCUGACCCCAUUGGAUUGGAUUUAAGCAGUGGUGAAGCCAUUAAACCUGCAGACAUGGGCAUUUUUGACAAUUAUAUUGUUAAGAAGCAAAUAAUAAACUCGUGUUCUGUUAUAGCCAGUAACCUCCUUCUUGUUGAUGAAAUAAUGAGAGCUGGAAUGAGUAGCCUCAAGGGUUAACUUUGUUCUUUGAGGACAUUCAGUAUUCUUUAAUUUUAACAAUUUAUUUUGCUUUAUACUUUAAUGAAUGAAUGAGCUUAUGCUUUAUAAUGUAAUUACACAUUACAUACUCUAAUACAUGUCUAUUAACUAA